GCUAAGAUGGAGCUUCGGUGGCGUGUUUUAGCGCUAUGGAUUAUACAUUUUACAAUAGUGUCCUGCAACAAACUGCCAGUGUUCACGCAGGACAUGAACAACCUGGCGCUGUCGGAGACCACGCCCACCGGCUCCGUCGUCUACACGCUGCAAGGAUUGGACCCGGAUGGGCUGCCGAUAAAAUACAAUCUGGUGGGAACUGACAAGUUUACGGUAAACCCGAGUACCGGGGAAGUAACCCUAAACCGCCCGUUAGAUAGAGAGACUGAAGAUACAAUUAAGUUUUUAGUGUCAAUAGAAAGCCAAAACGAAGAUCCGGCGAAGAAUUUGGCUCAGCUGCAGCCGGUGACUGUGAUAGUCCUCGAUGAAAACGAUAAUCCGCCUACUUUUAAAAAUAGUCCUUAUGAGGUAGAUGUUCCUGAAGACGAGGCGAUUGGUACAACCAUUCUGACCAACAUCCAAGUUGAAGAUAAAGAUUCUGUGGGAGACAGCCUCGAAGUUGGAUGUUUGAGUGAACAAUGGCCCGAAGCAUGUGAAGCUUUCGAGGUGGUUGCCCUGAACUCGUCUGCCAACCAUUACACUGGAGCUUUGGUGCUGAAGAAAGCUCUGAACUACAACGACAAGCAGUUCUAUCAGUUCCAACUAUACGCCACCGAUGGUACCCUGAACUCCACGGCCCACGUGGAAGUCAAAGUUGUGGACGUGCAGAACUCCCCACCUGUAUUCAGUGGGGCUCUUAGCGGGGCGUUGUCUGAAGACGCCCCAGUGGGGACUUUGGCGCUUACGGUGAAGGCAAGAGAUGCUGAUCGGGCGCAACCUCGAGAUGUCAUGCUGGAACUUGUUACUAAUCCUUUGGACUUCUUCGUCCUAGACAGUUCUACGGGAGAGCUGAGGACCGCCAAGCCAUUAGACAGAGAAGCUCUGGCUGAUCCCUCAUCACCACUUAAUCUUACUAUCAGGGCAACUGAGAUAGUCAACGGAUCACCCCUCUACUCCGACCUGACAUCCACCACUGCUACCAUCACCGUCACCAUCAAAGACGUCAACGAUGAGCCUCCUCGCUUCAACCGGAGGGAAUACAGCGUGGAGAUUCCAGAGAGUCUUCCAGUGGGGACACCACUGCCUAACUUGGAUAUGGUGGUCACUGAUACGGACUUGGGUCUGAACUCAGUGUUCACUCUCCGCCUGUCAGACGAGUUCGGAGCAUUCAUUGUGGAGCCUUCCACAGCCACCGGCAGCGCAUCCGUGACCCUCAGGCUUAACUCCAGCCUAGACUACGAGGAUCCGAACCAGAGGAAGUUUAUUUUGGAGGUAAAUAAUAUUAGGCUGAUGGAAAGACUCCUCAUUGUUAUCAGCCAGACCUAUAUUUGCAAAAUCAAUGACAAUGCCCUUCUGAUAUUGUCCUGAGCAAUGCAGCUUCGACUGGCUCUAAAGUUACACACCUCAGAUUUAGAACUAAACUUCAUUAAUUUAACUUCCUCCUUUGCUGUCAGGUUUGGCACAGAAGGCAUAGUGUACCAGCUAUCCGGAAACGGCGCUGAACUAUUCAGAGUGGACAACAGAACCGGGCUCAUUACUGUGGCGCCCUGUCCCACGCCUGGGCAAGCCCCGUGCCUGGACUUUGAGACUAGGAAGGACUACUUCUUGCAGUAUAAGGCAACCGACGACGACGGUUCAGGCCAGAAUACAGUCGUGUCGCUGCAGAUCUCUCUUACAGACUCCAACGACAACCCGCCAGUAUUCUCUACACCAGUCUACAAGGCCUCCAUAGAUGAAGACGCGGUCAAGUUCGAGCCGGAAUUGCAGGUCCAAGCACGUGAUCUGGACGCAUCAUCAGAACUCCGCUACUCUAUCAUUGAGCCAGCCACCCAUCCGUUCUGGAUCGACCAGCUGUCUGGUCGUAUUGCUGUGCGACCAGAAGCAGUCGUAUCGCAGAGUGGCGACGAUAAUAAGAUCUACUUGACCAUACUGGCUACAGAUGGAGUCCACAACGCGACAUGUCGCGUGGAGAUAACAGUCAGAGAUGUGAACAACCACGCACCUGUGUUCGACAUUGACAAAUACGACGCCGACGUACCAGAAGAUGCGCCUAUUGGUACUGAGGUGGCAGCAGUGAGGGCCACCGAUCUGGACAGUGGCAUCAACGCAGAGAUCAAGUAUGGCAUCCAGAAGGGCGCCCUGGAUUCAUUCGCCAUCGACAACGUCACUGGUGUCGUCACCGUGUCUUCCAAGUUGGAUUACGACAAGAGAAACACAUACAGGAUACAGAUCAUCGCUUCUGAUCUUGGUAUGCCCAGCCUAACAGGCACCACCGAACUGACAGUGCACGUCAUAAACGUCAACGACAAGAAGCCUUACUUCACUCCAGCCAUCCAACGCGCUGAGGUUUCAGCUGAUGCUGAGAUCGGAACUCAAGUUCACAACCUUAUAGCAGUGGAUCCGGAUAUUACUGAUAAUGGACUGCUGGUCUAUGAACUCCUGAAGGAUCGGCUGAUAAAGGCAGUGGAUAAGAAUGGAAAAGAGGUAUCAAACGAAGGCAUCUUCGACUCCUGGUUCUCGAUCCAGCCAAACGGCACUGUCAGUGUCGCUCAGCGGCUUGACCGCGGCCGCGCGGCUGUACUGACCCUACCUGUAGCUGUCACAGACGCUUCGGCACCUACCCUGCAGCAGACCGAAGGCGAACUAAUCAUCAACAUAGUGGAUGUGAACCGCCACGCUCCAGUGUUCUCGGAGCCAGCCUACCACGAGACCCUGGUGGAGGAGCAGCCUCUAGGCACAGUCCUGAAUGUCUACACCGCCACGGACAAGGAGUCACCCAUCGCUGCCAUCAUCAUCAGCCCGCCUAACCCUUACUUCGAGAUCGAUAACGUUACUGGAAUCGUCAAAAUAAUCCAGCGCAUAGACUACGAAAAGAUCCACUCCACAAACUUCACUCUCGUGGCGUUCGAUUCAGGCGUCCCCCAGCUAUCCACUUCAGCUACUGUCACGGUUGACAUCGUGAAUGUCAAUGAUGAAGAACCGGUGUUCGCUGCCACUGCCUAUGACGCUGUGGUUGCUGAACACUCUACGGCAGGAACUAAGGUCUUGACUGUCACUGCUGUUGAUAAGGAUGAAGGCGAAUUCGGCGAAGUCACCUACAGCCUAACCGGCAACUUAUCAUCCCUAUUCACCAUCGACCCAUCAUCCGGGGUCAUCACCGUAGCCGAUGGUGCUGUGAUCGACCGCGAGACAACCAGCGAUGUUUACCUCCAUGCUAUAGCUAGUGAUAACGCACCGAAGCAGACGCGCAAGAGUACUAGUGUGCCUGUCCACAUAAAAGUCCUAGACAUCAACGAUAAUCCACCAAUAUUCACCCAAAAAGUCUACAAGAGCACCAUCGCGGAGAACCUUCGACUGGACCCUCCAGCGGCCAUUAUGCAAGUAUUGGCCGAAGACAAGGAUGAGGGCAUCAAUGGCAAGCUGGAGUAUAAGAUUGUGGAACAGAGUGAACCUGGAGUGUUCUCAGUAGACCCCAACAACGGUAUCAUCUAUCCAGCCAAGCCAGUCACCGGCAACACCACCUACCACCUCACCGUAACCGCCACAGAUGAGGCAGGCCGUGGCAUACACUUUGAUACUGCCAAAGUUGACAUAUCAGUGCUGAGUGUGAACAAGCACAGUCCUGUGUUUGUGCAGCCUCCGCCGGAACAAAGACAGCUGGAGAUCCCUGAGAACGCUGCCCAAGCAGACUUCCUGAUCACAACUAUCAAAGCCACCGACGAAGACAGCGGCGAGAACGGCCGCGUGUCCUACUACCUUAAGGUGGACAACCAGAAUGUGGGAGAAACGCAGGAGUUCAGCUUGGAUGCUGACACGGGAGAGCUGAGGACUAAGACCUUCCUGGAUAGGGAGCACAAGUCUGAAUACCAGCUGGUGAUAGUGGCGGUAGACAACGGCACUCCAGCCCAGUUUGAAAGCCUUCGCUUGUUGUCUGUGGUGCUAGCUGAUGACGACGACAACGCUCCUCGCUUCCCGCAGACCUUGCACCAGUUCAGUAUCAAGGAAAACCUGCCGGCUGGCGUUAUUAUUGGUACCGUGAAAGCCACAGACAAAGAUUCCGGUGAACACGGCAAGGUGUACUAUCACAUUCUGGAAGGCAACCAAGCGGGAGCUUUUACCCUAGAUAGGACGCAGGGCAUUAUCAGGGCUAACAUUAGCUUCGACAGAGAAAAGCAAUCGGAAUACUCUCUUACGAUAUACGCGAGCAACAGCCCCAUACUGGAGCAUGCAGCAGCAAUCCUAAACUCUAUCGACAACAGCACGGAAGGCCAGGACCCUGGUGUGGCCAUCGUCAGGAUCAGAAUCCUGGAUGUGAAUGACAACGAGCCGAAGUUCCAGCAGAAGGUCUAUUACGCAGGUAUAAAGCACACAGCGCGAGUCAACGAGCCGGUCAUAUCAGUAGUGGCUGAAGACCCUGACCUGGACGAGAAUGGAACCUUGAUCUACAUGGUGGCAGCCUCCAACCUGUACAAGUUCGGCGCCUCGCAGUCCAGUGGGAGCGUCGUGCCGUCUCCCUUCAACAUCAGCCAGGACGGCGUGCUGAUGACGGCGCACUACAUGUCGGAGUACAACCAGGACCGCUUUGUGCUGGACAUCAUCGCGCAGGAGGCCGCGCCGCCGCACAGACAGGCUAAAGCACAGGUUUAUGUGUGGAUAAUCGACCGCUCGUCGCUCAUCCGCAUGGUGGUAUCCCGAAGCUGCAGUGCGCCGGUAGGAGGAGUUCAAAAGCGAUUGGCUACUGCUGGGAAUGUUCUUUUAGUCCCUGGCAGAAGACUGCCGCUGGUGCAGGCUGACAGGCGAUAUGAUGAUUGGUGCGAAAUCCACCUUCUGGCGGUAGACCCCACGACGUACCAGGUGCUUCCAGUGGAAAGGGUGCUAGAGACCAUCGACUCCAAGUUCGACGACCUCAAGGACAUCUACCAGGAGUUUGGAGUCGAGACGCUUAUUGCGGCCAGCGCUACUUCCAAAGCACCAGACAGCUUUGACCCAGCGUUAGCGGCACUAAUAGCUUUGCUGAUUGUGCUGUUCACUGGCAUCGUCACUUUCAUUGUAGUCUGCGCUUGUCUCAAACAUUGGGUGAUACCUCCCCCAUCAAUGCAGUCAAGCAAAGGCGACAGCCUCGCCCGGCGCCGGAUCCUGGAAGAGCUGAGCACGACGGAGAAUCCGCUGUGGCUGGAGACCAAGCUGCGGCCCUACGAGGAGCAGGAGCUCACCAUGAACGUGUUUGGGGACCAGAAUGAUCGUGUCUAUUUGCAGCCGGACAACACGUACGCUACUAUCCAGACGUCACGCACGGCGGAGCGGUUCGGUGAUUACGCCACGCUGGGCGGAGACUCGCCCACGCCGCUCGAGGCUGCCUUAGGAUUCCAGGGCAGCACAUUUAAGCCGCCAUCCCCAGAUACUCCCGAGCCGCCGCCUCGGCCUUCAGCAGGCUUAGGACAACUAUGAUGAUGUAUGUAAAGCUACUUGUAAAUUAUACACGACUUAAAUAGUCAGGCUUCAAGUCUGUUAGGUCUACUUUGACCGCUUAUAAAGGUUCUGUACCUAUUUGAUUGUAUGUAUAUUUAUCACAGAGAUAACUGUGUUGGUCCACUUUAUUGUGAUGAUUCAGAGCAGAUUUUUCUUUAUAGGGAAUAGAUGUGUACCCAAAAUACUACCUUGUGGAACACCCUCAGUUAAUUUGUUCUAAAGAGAAAUUUAUUAAACUCGGUACGUUCAAAAUAACUUAUGAGCAAAUUAUAGAUUUAAGGAAAUUGUAUCCUAUUGUCCAACAAUAUGAUUUAUGAAUUUGUGUUACUAUAAAACAUUUCUGAUUUUAAGUCACAUGUUAAUGUAUUUAGGAAAGCUUUAGCUAUUUAAUUUUUGUCAUGCAUGUUGGCAAUGUAUUAUUUAACCUUUGGAGUUUUUUCACAAUUUUGACCAAGACUGUCUAAAUUAUUACUAGGAUUGUUACCAUUUGAAUAAUGUAAUAUUUUUGUUUAUUGUAAUACAUUGUCAACGUCCAUUUAUUUAGGAUUGCUUUUAUACUAAGGUAUUAUUAUAAACAAAUUAUCGAUCUGACCUAUCAAGAAUUUCUAUGCGAUCUUAGCCAAUGUCUUGUUUCUAAUGUUGUAUUAUUUUGUCAUGAAUCGUGUACAGUACUUGUGUAUGUUGAAUAUUUUGAUGCUUAAUGUGCAUAAUAUUAUUAAAAUUAUUUAAUAAUUGAUCUUAGAGGUCACCCAUUUAUGAAUCUUAAUAUUUUUAUAUUAAUUAUACACAAAAUAUUAUAAUAAACCAGGCGGAUAAAACAAUGACAAUAAUAAACAUGAUUAAAAAAAGAAGAAGAUAUUAGUAUAGUGUAAAACCAAUGUCAUUUUUGUAGUAAUAGUACCAUGUAAUUGCCAUAUUUGUAAAUUAUACAAUUAGUGUACAAAUUGUUUAUACUAUUAGUGUAAUUCAUUGAAAAUUAUAUUUGGAACUAAGGGACCAAUAAAGACUUUCCUU